UCGCAUUCAAAACAGUUAUAUUACAGUUCCCACUUGUGUAGAUUAGGUUGUCCCACCACAGAGUCAGUCCUGUGUUGGAUUACUCUGGUGUUGAAUUGGGUUUCAUCUACUCAUUACCGGAUGGCUUUACCUGUCUACUUCCUCUUUCUUCAAUUUUAAUUCUUGUCCACCAGCUCAGCCUUUUUCUCUUUAUUACUACUCUUCAACUAACUUUUUUAACUUGCUACGUUACCAUACGAUGCCUGUUCCUCGUUUCGGUGGUUUUUUUUUCAGUUUGUGAUUCUUGAGAUCUUAGGCUUUGUGACAAACCGGGGGACCUGAGAUUUCAGAAACUGCUGAGACUGAGUCUCUCACCAUCUAACAUUCCACUCAUAGAAACCUCUAACAGCAAAAGAGGUCUCCAAGAAGGACAGGAUGAGAGAGGCACAACAAGGAGCUCACACAGUGAGGUCCCAUGGAAUGACAGUAGCAAGGAUUCACAUGCAUGACUGGAUCAUACUCGUACUACUCGUUAUCCUCGAGGGUAUACUCCUCAUAAUCCACCCGUUUUACCGCUUUGUCGGGAAAGACAUGAUGACUGAUCUAAGUUACCCUCUAAAGAGUAACACCGUUCCGAUUUGGUCUGUCCCGGUGUAUGCGAUACUCUUGCCAUUGGUAAUAUUCAUCUUUAUCUACUUCCGUAGAAGAGACGUAUACGAUCUUCACCAUGCGGUGCUAGGUCUGUUAUACUCUGUUCUGGUGACGGCAGUACUUACAGAUUCAAUAAAGAAUGCAGUUGGUAGACCACGCCCUGACUUCUUCUGGCGUUGUUUCCCUGAUGGCAAAGCUGUUUAUGAUAGUCUUGGAGAUGUGAUAUGCCAUGGUGAUAAAAGUGUUAUAAGGGAAGGGCACAAAAGCUUCCCAAGUGGACACACUUCAUGGUCUUUUGCGGGACUAGGAUUCUUGUCGCUCUACUUAUCAGGGAAGAUUCGAGCGUUUGAUGGUAAAGGACACGUAGCGAAGCUGUGCAUUGUCAUACUCCCUUUGCUAGUUGCAGCUCUUGUUGGUAUCUCCCGUGUUGAUGACUAUUGGCAUCACUGGCAAGACGUCUUUGCUGGAGGCUUGCUAGGUCUUGUGGUCUCUACGUUCUGUUAUCUUCAGUUCUUCCCGCCACCUUAUCGCACCGAAGCUUGGGGGCCAUAUGCUUACUUCCUAAUGUUGGAAGCUGCGCGAGCGCAAGCAGAAGCUCAAGCAGCCGCCCAACCACCGCCACAUGGAGAUAACGUUGAAGAGGAAGACGGUGGGUUUAUGGGGCUACAUUUGGUGGAUAAUCCGAGCAUGAGGAGAGAGGAAGAUGUAGAAACUGGUAGAGUGCCGCCUAGAGGCUGAGUUAUGAAAGUUUUAACACUGAAGCUGGUUUUGUUGCUGCUUAGGACACACUUUCUUCUGUUCUUAAUACAUUAUUAUAUUUGUUGUUUGAUUGCUUUUUGUCGUCGUUUGUUGUUUGGUUUACUGCCUGGUUAUACCCCGGUUUUUGUUAAAAGUGUAUUGCUUUUAAUUUGUUCAGUUUGGAUUAAUCGUUA